CAGCAGAGUCAAGCAAGCGGCGCGGAAGAUCUGAGGACACAUCUAAUCACAUUAAAGACUCAGAGACGGUGGAAUGAGAAUGAUAACCCUCUCCUUUCUUUCUCAUUAUCUGUUGGAUAAUCUGACUUUGAUCCUUCGUGUUUUGUCGAUGAAAUAUUAGAUAAUUAGAGACACACGUCAGAAAAAGCCAGAUAAGCACACGCACGGCGUUGGACAGUCGCAGUUGGCGCUUUAACUCCGCUCAUUGCAGUCAAGGGCAAUUUAUUUAAACGGGAGAACUCAGACGAGCCAGCUGGCUGCGUCCACUCGCCUGCGCUUUUGAUUGGCUGGCUGUAUAAUUGUAUUCAAAUCCGGUCGGGACUCAGUCAGUGGGCGACGCGCUGUGAUUGGCUAGUCGGUUGGUUGUAUGUAAAUCUGUCCGCGAGGCAGCCAGUGAGGUGAGGGUCGGUGCUGCCACUUCAGUGGCGCCGGAGACCCUGAACCGAGAGGUGAGCCUGUGUUUCACGGGAGCUGUCCACUCUUGGCUGGUGCUGAAGUCCGGAGUCGCUGGUCGCAAAGGGCUGCCUCCUCUCAGAAAGGGAAAUACUUCAUCCAGUGGCCAACUUCAGGGGACUGAUAUUCCGGGAGAGGGUUUACCAAACCGUGGAUUUGCUUGGCGCGCUUGAGGAUUCCUCAGCUUUUUGUGUAUUAUACCUCUGUUUCACUAUCGUCUCAACUCACAGGUGCAGACCAAUGAGAGGCCUGGGAUGCUGGUGGGCGGUGGCCUUCCUGGGGGCGGCUGUCCUGGGAUUGGAGGGCCAUCCCAGACGGGAUGAGUUUUCAGCACUGCCCUAUCGACCGCUCGUCAGAUUCCGCCACAAGGACGGGAUUGUGGAGAGUUUACGGAUCAAGGGUUUCUUUGGCCACGCUGGUGCGGGUACGGCAUGUGAGCACAAGUACUGUGGCCUGGGGAGGCACUGUGUGUUGGACCAGCAGACGGGUCUGGGCGAGUGUGUGUGUCUGGACCGCUGCAAGCCCCACUACAAGCCUGUGUGCGGGUCCGACGGGCGUCUGUACCAGAACCACUGUGAGCUGCACCGCGCCUCCUGCCUAGGCCACCAUAGGAUCACCAUCAUGCACAGCGAGGAGUGCUUCUACAAGGAUGAUAACUGCCGUUUGGGAGAUUACAAGAAACUGAAGAACAAGAUUGUCGACUUGCACGGCCAGCGGUACUUGGCUCCCGGUGACCGUGGUGACUACCGUGACGACAUGGUGGUGCGACGGCGCCUGGUGGACAUGAUGUUCAAACGCUUUGACGCCGAUGGCAACGGCCGUGUCGACAGCAGUGAGCUCUCACAGGUGAUUAAACAAGAGGGCCUGACUAAAACCUCAUCCGACUGCACUCUGUUCGACCUUCUGAAGUACAACGAUGAGGAUGACGACGAGCAUCUCAUAAAAGAGGAGUUCUACACUGCAUUUGAUGUGUACCAGCUCAUCCUGCCUGACGACCAGAAGCUGAGUGUCACCACGGUAACAGUGGGCCAAAGCGUGGUGCUGACAUGCGGCAUCAUGGGAGAGAGGCGCCCCCCCAUCAUAUGGAGGCGGAACGGUCAGGCACUCAACAGUCUGGAGCUGGAGGACAUCAACAUUCCUACCCAGGAUUUCGGCGACGAUGGGUCCCUGUACAUCACCAAGGUUACCACCACACACAUGGGAAACUACAGCUGCCACGCUGAUGGAUAUGAGCGGCUCUCACAGAUACACACACUCCAGGUGAACGUGCCCCCGGUGAUUAGGGUGCAUCCCGAGAGCCAGGCCCGAGAGCCAGGCGUCACCGCCAGCCUGCGCUGCCACGCGGAGGGCAUCCCUGACCCACAGCUGGCAUGGCUCAAGAACGGCAUGGACAUCGCCACCAAGAUCUCCAAGCAGCUCACCCUUCAAGCCAACGGCAGUGAGGUCCACAUCAGCAACGUGCACUUCGAGGACACGGGGGCUUACACCUGCAUCGCCAAGAACGAGGCGGGAGUGGACGAGGACAUCUCCUCGCUGUUCGUGGAGGACUCAGCUCGGAAGACGCUUGCAAACAUACUAUGGAGGGAAGAAGGUCUGGGCAUUGGGAACUUGUUCUACGUAUUUUAUGAGGACGGCAUUAAGGUGAUCCAGCCUGUAGCCUGUGAGAUCCAGAGGCACAUCAAACCCAGCGAGAAGCUGCUCGGACGACAGGAAGAGGUCUGUCCAAAACAAGAGGGCGAGGAGGAGCAGAAGUGUGUGUGGUCAUCAGCCGUCAACGUGAAGGACAAGUUCAUCUACGCUACCCAGCCUCUUCUGAACAGAGUCCUCAUAGUGGAUAUUCAGUCUCAAAAAGCAGUUCAGACGGUCACCACAGACGCUGUGCCGGUGAAGCUUCACUAUGACAAAUCCCACGACCAGGUGUGGGUGCUGAGCUGGGGAGACCAACAGAAGAGCGCCCCCACCCUGCAGGUGAUCAGUCAGGCGAGUGCUAGCUCCUCCCACCACACAGUGCACACUCAGCCAGUGGGGCAGCGCUUCGACCGUGUGGAGGACUUCUUCAUCCCCCCCGCCAGCCUCCUCAUCAGCCACGUCAGGUUUGGGAUCAUCAUGCAUAAGAACGAGCCUGCUCUCCAUAAGAUCGACCUGGAGACGACGUCCUACGUGAAGAACAUCAGCCUUCAGGCCUACGGCUGCGUGCCCCAGGCGCUGGCGUACACACACCUGGGCGGCUACUACUUUGUCAGUUGCCAGGACGACUCCACGGGUGCGCGUCGCCCUCAGCUGGUACUGGACAGUGUGACGGACAGCGUGAUCGGCGUCAACCGCGAUGUCAGCGGCACGCCCUACGUCUCGCCCGACGGCCACCACCUGGUCACCGUGGACGAUCGGGACGGGCUUAUGCGGGUGCAGCCAGUAUCAUCGCGUGGGGAGAUCGGGCGUCCAUUCGACAUCCACACCAACCUGCACCUGUCGGACCUGGCCUUCAUGCCCAGCUUCACCGAGGGUGGCCAGUACAACCUGUUCGGCAGCUCUGGUCGGCAGACCGACGCACUGUUCGUGGAGCUGCGCUCCGGCACCGUCAAGAUGAUCAAAAGCCUGAAAGAACCCACGUCCACGGAGCAGUGGCGCUGGAGCAAGAAGAACCGGGUCAUGGUCGGGAGCGGGCUGUUUGGACAGUACCUGAUGAGCCCCUCCCAGGAGGCCCUCUUUAUCCUGGACGGCCGUCUGGACAAGCUCAACUGUGAAAUCACGGAUGUGCCCCAGGGAAACACGGUGGUGUGGGUAGGGGAACCGUAACCCCUGUGCCCCCCCACCCCCACCCCCCUCCCGCCACCCCCGCCCCGCUGAGACCAAACGGGGUCACCCCUUUAGUGCUGCACUGAGCCCCCUCACCUACGUCUCAUUUCUUUACCACAGAAGUUUCCGGAAGUCUUUGUGACCAGCGCCAAAUUCACCGAUGGAAACAUCAAACGAUUGAGUAAUUAAACAAAUGAAUUAUACUGGUUGUUCAAUUGUAGGGAAAGAUACAGUAUGUGUGAUAUGUCAGAACUGAUUAGACUUCAAUCCCUGCUUUAAUUUCUCAGAUCCCAAACUCCUGACAGAUGACUAUACUGCCCUGCUCUGAGUUGUUGAGUUGAACUGAUAUGAUUUGUCGGCAAAUGAUUGAAUUGGCUCUAAGCGUGAACAGAAAAUAUUAUUGCAAAUAAUGUAAAUAGACAGAUGAUAUCUUGAUUAAUUGGAGUCGUAUGUAACACUCUAAUCUGGCAGACAAAUUCUGGCCCACAUUUUCUUCCCUGUGCCUUGAAGGAAUGCUCACUCAAAAAUAGAAAAAGACCAAAAGUGGAGAAAAUAAUUAUUCCCAGUGAGCCUGUGAAUCAGUCUUUCACUGACCUCCGUGUGAAGCGAGCAGCGCUACUGCCGGCUCGGUGUUUAUUGGCUUUAACUCCGACAGACUCGCGGCUGGUGCGUGCUAAUUAAACGCGAGACCGCGUGAAGGUCCGCUCCCGUUUGAAAUGCAGAUUGAGCCAUCCUGUGCCGAGGCUGACGCUUGACGCCCUCUUUAUCUAGAAGUGAAUGAUAGCACACACAAGGGAGAGGAGGGAAGCUAUGUUUUCCUCUCAGUCCGGGGCAGCAGGUCGGUUUAUCUCAUUACGGCUAAAUGACAGGUGGAACACUGGGCCACAGUCACACGAGAGGCUCCAUUUUCGAUUGUAACAAAUAUACAAACAAAUAAAUAAAUAAAUCAUGUGGUCUAAAUAACCUAUCCCUAAUAAACUUAGUCCUUGUCAGAGUGUGGUAAGAAAAUGCAUGCUAACCUUGGUCCUUGGUAACCUACGGCACACGCCUGUGAGUUCUUCGUUUUAGUUUCAAUCGGAGCCUGUGUGCAGGGAUCUUUUGUAGAGGAAGGGUUGUUUUGUGGAGAGCCGCUGAAUGUCAGUAACCUUUUAAACUGCUGUAUUUGAUGGUGCAGUUGUAGUUGAGCUGUAUGCAGUCUUGGGUGUUGGGGAGAGGAAACCCAUUGGCUUUUCUGUUUUAAGUAGCAGGCUUGAAUUGGAAUGCUCUUGAAGCUCAGCAGGGACCACUGUUAAGAAGCUAGCAAGCUCUGCCUGUGGUGCUUGGCAAGCACAAAGCCUGUUGAUGUUAGGAUGUGAUGUCUUCUCCCCUAUGGACACAGUCUAUGCACUCUCACUAAGUUCCCAUAUUCAUGGGGUUCAUUUGGAUUGAACAAGACUAAAAUUAAAGCUUUCUCUUUUACUUCAUUUCAUUAAUUUUCUAGAUAUUUAUGGGAAAAAUCUCUUCAUAUAUUUAUAAUUUGUUUCUUGGUUUUAUCUCUUGUUCACUGCUCUGUCAUAAGAGGCCUAUAAGGUCGUGUUGAUUUUCUGUAACUUUUCUUUUAUUGUGAGCUGUACCCAGUCCUAAUGUAGUCACUUCUGUAUGCUAGCAAGCCUGAACUCACUUUCUGUUCGUUAUUUAAGCCCCUUUCUUACAAAACUGAAAGACAAGACAACUGCACUGUUACUUUUUUCCCUUAAUUGACCAGCUGCAUUGUGAUGUCACAAACUAUUAUUACGUCAUGUACCCAUGUAGACAUGUCUGAUGCUUGGUGUGGUUGUUAUUUAUGUAGAGAACUCAUGCUUGACAUUUAUCUGAACAAAAUAAAGCCUAAAAUGACAAAA